AAUAGAGAGAAAUACCGAGUCGUCAAGAGAGGAACCCGUACGCCGCCGCCAUCUUAUCCGAUAAUCGGUUAAAUAUAUAUAUAUAAACAUAAUUCAUGUAAUAUAUUAUAUUUAAUAUCUAGAUAUAUAUGAAAGUGUGUAUGUAGAUACACAUACGUUUAUAUAUUAGAUAAUUAUAUUCGUUACUCGCGUCGUGAUAAUAUUAUAUUGUUUUUUGAUUCUAUCCGGCCGUCUCAGUCUGUGUCGUUUUGCGUUUUUAUCAUACUUUUUUACGUCGACGCGCCCCGUUCCGCACACUCACACAUCUCGGCCUGCUUUUCAUCGUCAUACAUUACCGUUCAACCGUUUUGACCAACAUCCGACUUCGAGAUGGGAAAUGUUUUUGCAAAUCUGUUCAAAAACUUAUUUGGUAAAAAGGAGAUGAGAAUACUUAUGGUAGGAUUAGAUGCAGCUGGUAAAACAACAAUUUUAUACAAAUUGAAAUUAGGUGAAAUUGUUACCACCAUACCAACUAUUGGUUUCAAUGUUGAAACUGUCGAGUACAAAAACAUCAGUUUCACAGUGUGGGAUGUUGGUGGACAAGAUAAAAUCCGACCACUAUGGAGGCAUUAUUUCCAAAACACACAGGGUUUGAUUUUUGUAGUAGACAGUAAUGAUAAAGAACGUAUAUUUGAAGCUAAAGAAGAGUUGAUGAGAAUGCUUGGCGAAGACGAGCUUAGGGACGCUGUAUUAUUGAUAUUCGCUAAUAAACAAGAUUUGCCUAAUGCCAUGAAUGCAUCUGAAAUUACUGAUAAACUAAGCUUACACACGCUACGCAAUCGUAACUGGUAUAUUCAAGCAACGUGCGCAACUAGUGGUGAUGGUUUAUAUGAAGGUCUUGACUGGCUGUCAAAUCAAUUGAAGAAUGCCAACCGUUAACCGACUCCAAACUACAUUAUUAUUAUUAUAAAUAUUUAAAUAAUAAAAAAAAACUUUAUUUGUAAUUCGUGAAAACAAACUUAAGCAUAAUAUAUUAUUUAUAGCAGACUAAAAAAAAUUUUUUACUCGCCAUUAAAAUUAAUAUUGUCAAAUGUGUUCUUUUAGUUAAACCAUUAGUUCUCUGUCUACAGUUGUAAUUAAUUUCUUAAUAAGUGUUAUCAUCAAGUUCUAUGAUCAAAACUAUUUUAAUGAAC